AUGUCGUCGCUUCGAAACGCGGUGAACCGCCGCGUCCAUAGGGAGCGAGCGCAGCCCCUGGAGAGACAGCGCUUUGGCCUGCUCGAGAAAGCCAAGGACCGCAAACUCCGAGAGCAGGAUCACAACCGCAAAAAGAAGACGCUCAAGGCGCUGCGGGCCAAGGCGGCGGAGCGCAACGAGGAUGAAUUCUUCUUUGGCAUGAUGUCGCGGCAAGGGCCGCAGGGCGUGCUGUCCAAGGGCAGGCGGUGGAACGGCACCGUCGACGGCGACCGCGGCAACCGCGCCCUCUCGGUCGACGAGGUCCGCCUGCUCAAGACCCAGGACGUCGGCUACGUCCGCACCGUCCGCAACACGGCCGCCAAGGAGGUCCGCGCCCUCGAGGAGCGCGUCGUGGGCAUGGGCGGCAGCCUCGACGCAAAGGUCGUCGAUCCCGCCGACGAGGAGGACGACGAUGAUGACGAUUGGUUGGACGAUGGGGGUCCGGCUCGGAAGAAGCCCAAGAAGAUUGUCUUUGCCGACGGCGUCGAGGAUCGAGAGGAUAGAAUAUCUGGUGCGCUCGAUGGCGGUGAAGACGACGACGACGACGAUGAUGAUAGUAUGAACGGGGAGGAUACUGCCAAGAGCAAUCCCGAAAGAGCACGGGCCGAACAAAGAGAGAGACUCUUGCUUAAAUUGCAACGGCGCCUGGCUACUGCCCGGAAGCGGCUCAAAGCCUUGUCCACGGCCGAAAACGAGUUGGAAAUGCAGAGGGCCAAGAUGGCCAAGACACAAACUGUGGGCGGUGUCACCAAGACGGGCAAAAAGUUCAAGGUCCGCGAGAGAAAGCGGUAG